AUGUCUACCGACCCGUACAAGGAAAAGAACAAGGAGGAGCCCGGCACGGCCGAGAAGAUCAAGGACCUCUCCGACUUCAUCAGCAGCUCCAAAUUCGGCAUGAUGACCACCAGGGCACCCUCCGGGGGCCUCCUCGUGUCUAGAGCCAUGGGUGUUGCAGCACAGGAAGCCGACGGCCUGGACCUAAUCUUCCACACCAACACCGACUCUGGCAAGACCGACGACCUCGCCUCGGACCCACACGUCAACAUCUCCUUCCUCGACGCCACGGGAAACUGGGCCUCCAUCUCCGGCGUCGCCAGCGUGCUCGACGACCGCGCCGCCGUGAAGAAAUACUACUCCCCGUCCCUCAAGGCGUGGCUGGGCGACCUCGGCGACGGGGUCCACGACGGGAGCGAAAAUGACCCGCGCAUCGGCGUCAUCAAGGUCGCGGCCAAGACGGCGACGUACGCGGUCAAUCGUGGCACGAUGGUGGGGAGGGCGGUGGAGAUCGUGAAGGGCGCGGUGACGGGCGAGGCGGCGCAGGUCAACAAGUUGAGGGAGAUCAGUGAGGGCGAGAUUGCCGCCUAUCGCAAGGGCUCGUCCUCGACUUGA